AUCAAUAUAGCUUUUCCAGUCAGGCCACAGGAGUAGUCUUUGAAUUUUCUUGGAAGCUUCUUUUAUUGAUUGCAUUAUUAACAUUAAAACAAUUUUUCCUCCCCAAGCCAUUAAGGUGUUAGGCUAAGGAUUAAUGGAACCUGUAGUGCUCAUGGUCCUGGACAAGAUAAUCUUUCAUUCAAGUCACUUCCUACCAGGAAAUUCCUAAAGUGAGAGGUCAAGUAAGACAAGCUGUUUUCCAGUAUUUUGUGCUGUCACUCUUUGCCUUCUCAGCCUACUAGCAAAUAAAACCCUAUCUGGGACCCUACUUUGAGCUGUUUUCAGUUUGGGAGCCAUUCUCAGCAAAAAAGAACUUGAAGUACUUGUAUGUGAAAGACAGUAGACUGCUCUGACCUUGCUAAAUGUGUGUGUUCACUUCAGUAGGUGGCAAAGCCACUUAGAAAUAAUGGCCUGCACGGAGAUGGACUCUCUAAUUUUUUUCUUCAAGAGUAUGACACAGUAGAAAUGCAUCACCAAUGAAAUAAGAGCACAGACACUUAAAAAACCCAUAGGCCUGAGUGGCACAUACUCCAGGCAGCUUGGAUGAAGUGAAGCUGUGUAGUUCAGGAGUCUUGAAAGGAAGUGAAGUUUGUGAAAAAUGACUGUAGAAUUUAAUCUAAACUUCCUUAAAGAAUUGGAGCAGGAGACUGUUUUGGAGGUUCUAUACCGUGAUCAGAUGCUGAGAAAAGUGGAUGAAGAAAGGAUAAGGAAAUUGAAAACACAGCUGCAGCAGCUUCGGUGGAAAGGAGCUAAAAAUGCAAGCCACGAAUAUCAGGAGAGGUCUUGUGCUCGCUGUCAGAAAUCCUUGGGCCUUGUGAUGAAUAGAGGCGCGGUGUGCAAUGGGUGCAGCCAUCGAGUGUGUUCCGAGUGUCGCGUCUGUCUCAAUCCCUACUUGUGGAAGUGCACCAUCUGCUAUGCUCAUGGAGCCAUGAAGGUAAAAACUGGUGAAUGGUUCUUUGAGGAACGAGCGAAGAAAUUCCCAGGUGAAGGUAGAUGUGAAACAACUGGGGCAAAGCUCUUGAAAUCCUAUCAAAAACUGAGUAAAAUAUCUGUGGUUCCCCCUACUCCACCUCCCUUUACUGAAUCCACGGCGGGAAAAAACACAACGGAACUUGAUCAAACUAAAACUUUUAACAAGUCUGUGGAAAAUUUGUUUCUCUCUCUUGCUACACACAUUAGAAAAAUCUCAAAGUCCCAUGAUGACGUGACGGCUGACAAGAGUCUCCUAACUACAGAUUAUGGCCAGGAUGCGAAUCGGAGGAGGGAAAGGAGGAGCCAGUCUGACACGGCCAUCAACAUUGCAAGCAGGAUUCAAAAUGCACCCAGCCUGCAGCAGCUCAUCAUUGGCACAAGAGACAACAAUGCAAUCUUUACCAAAAAGGGUUGCAGGCCAGGAGAAGACCUUCCUUCUAGUCCCCUGAGCGAUGUUGUCUUCUGUGGUGGUGUAAAACAUGGGAGUUUAUUUAGCCUUAACAGCACUUGCACUGAGGCUGACAAUUUUGACAAGGCUAACGUCACUGGGGAAAUAGAGUUUGCCCUCAGAUAUAUCUUCAAAACCUGCACUUUAGAAGUCUGCAUCAAUGCUUGCAAGAAUCUGGCUUAUGGAGAGGAGAAGAAAAAAAAGUGUAACUCAGUUCAGCUCAGAUCCUACCAGGAAGACUUUGCUGUGACAUCUCUUGCAGAGAAGGGGACUAAAAAUGAGUUGUCUGACAGAAAAAAGGAAAAAAAAAGAAAGCCUGGUUGGGAUGCCAGGUAUGUAAAGACCUACUUGCUUCCUGACAAAACUGCUCGGAGCAAAAGGAAGACCGUUGUCAGAAAGGGGACAGUGGAUCCAGCAUUCCACGAAACUUUAAAGUAUAAGAUUGACUACUCCCAGCUGGAAACUCGACAGCUUCAGAUAUCUGUCUGGCAUGCAGGUGUGUUCAAGAAUCGGGUGUUUCUUGGAGAGGUGCUUAUUCCAUUGUCGUCUUGGAAUUUUGAAGACAAUUCAAUGCAGUCAUACAACUGGUACCAGCUCAAAGCUAAGCCUGAAGACAAUCAAGUUCAGUACAGUGGAGAACUUCUUGUGCGUGCAAAAAUGUGCUUACCAUCCCAGCCUGAAAAAUUCCGGUAUGAAGAGCACAUGAUGGAAGGGACAGAAGACCGAGCAGCUCAUGGUGGCCAGCUUCACCUCGUAGUAGUUGAGGCCAAGAACUUGCCCGCGUUAAGAUCUGUUGGCAGCCUGAAUUCAUUUGUAAAAGGUUGCCUGGUCCUCCCUGACCAACGUGAGUUAAAACAGAAGUCUCCUGUCCUGAGGAAAGAAACCUGCCCUCACUGGAAGCACUUGUUUGUCUUUGAUGGUGUUACCCCAUCCCAGCUCCAGGGGGCUUACCUAGAUCUGACCAUCUGGAACCAAGCAUCCUUUGGCUUAAGUGACCGAUUUCUGGGGGGAGCCAGGCUUAGCACAAAAGAACCAAUCGGCUCCACAGCCUCCAAUCCCCAAGCAAAAGUUAUUUGGCAAAGAAUACUGAGCAGACCAAAUACCUGGAUGGACAUUACGCUGUCUCUGCAGUCAAAUAAAGGGGUGUUUAAAUCUUAAUAGCACCUGGAUGGCAAGAAUAUCUUCAGCUGGUUGAAGAGGCAAGUAUUGCUGAUGGGCUUGAACAUGCAAGGCUAUACAGAACAUGCUCCAGCCAUGGCUAAAAAAAUCAGCACUUUGCUUUCUGGGAAGAAACCUCUACCCUUUGAAAGGAGACUUGUAGAAGGAAGCAAGGAGUGGACAAUCCUAAAUUAUACAACUUUCUUUGGGGAUUUUGAGAAAACUGCCAUUAGAAACUUGAGAAGCAAAAAAUUAAACAGGGCUUUGUUUCAUUUGAAGCUGUAAAUAGCAGCCUGUAUCUGUAAGCAAAACAGCAGUGUAACAAAAGGCUGAGCAAGACUAAUGGAUUGUUGCUAGUCUCACACCCUAGGAGCACUACUUUGAAAAAGGCAGUAGGUGAUUUAAGUAUCACCCCCACUGAGAAGAUAUUUAUCAGGGCUCAGAUCAGACAUACUCCAAUUUGAGGGAGAGGGGAUUGUAAUGGGAUUAAGUGGUGCAACUGUGUAAAUCUCAUUACCAAAAGGGAAGGUUUAACUUUGUAAGCUCUACUUUAGUAUUGUUCCUCAAAACUGCUACCGUGGUUCAGAAGCUACGUUGCUUUGAUAGGGGAAAGAAGGCCUUUCCCUGUAGUUGUCAGCAGUUACAGAAGUCACAGCUGGCUUCCUUGUAUAGAGGGAGGCUAAGGAUCAAAUAGUUUAGUCCAUAUUUUGGCCUUGCCCUCCCCGCCAACCCUUUCUGUGGUCUAUGUUUUAUAAAUAUGAUAUCAUAAGUACUUACCUGCCAGUUAGUGAUCUGGAAAAAUAGCUGUGGCAACUACUACAUUAGCCAAUAUGGAAGACAGGCACAUUUAAUAGCUUUGGAGUAUUUAAACAUCACUCCAGCUGUAAAUCUGACCAGGAGCCUGUAAUUCAGCAGUAGAAAUGCGGUAGCACAGGCUUCAGUGCAAGCCCACCAGGGUCCUUGGGUCCUUAUUUAGCUAGUUGAAGCCUGUGUCUUAAUUACUAUUGUUACUCAGCUAUAGCUGGAUUACAGCUAGCUCACAUGUGCCUCCCUGUGCUGCUGGCACACCUGCUGAUUACAGUGGAGUAAUGACUUCACCAUGCAAUCUACAUGGUCUCUACAUUAUCUGACUAACAAAAGUUACCUGCUCCUUGUUUCAUUCCAGCUCAGAAGCUGGGAUGCAAUGCUCUGCCAACCAUCUGAAAACAUCACUUCCGCCC